GGGGAGGGCACACACAGGUGUCAUCUCUGCUGGGGGUCCAGGGAACAGAAAGCCACCAGGACGUUGUCCCCACAAUGUCACUCAGACCCCUGCGUUUCUGUUUUGCUGUCGCUCUCCCAGAAGUGUGUUCCUUUGGCAGAGGGGAUGUGGGGAGCUCAGUGGGGGGAUAGACAGGGCUGGCAGUGGGGAACAUGGAGACACUGGGUGACAUGAGAAUGCUGGCAGUGGUGCUGGGGGACUUGAGCACACGCAGUGGCAUGGGGACGCAGAGACAUGGGCUGGCACUGGGGGAUAUGGGGGUGUGGGGUCAUGGAGAUGCUGGGGGUGGCACUGGAGGACACAGGGAUGUUGUGGGACAUGGAGACAAUGGAGGAUAUGGGGAUGCUGGUGUUGGCAUGGGGACAUGGAGAUGGGCUCGUAUUAGGGGACAUGGGGGCACUGGUGCUUGUGUUACACUGGGGGGUGUGUGGGCCCAGGGCUGGUGCUGGAUGGUGGGGAGCACAGCCACCCUAGGGGGGGAUUUGGGGAUUGCAGAGUGAGCAGCAGGAGGGGACAUGGGGGUGGCAGUGUUGGCAGUCAGGGUUGGCCCUGUCCUCACAAGCUGGGUGCGUGCUGGUGCAUGCUGGUGUGGGGUGGGACAGGAGGGGAGGUGCUGUUGACUGUACACAGCCCACACCCGCGGUGACACUGGGUGCAGCUGGUUCCCCCUAGUCCCCUGCGGUUACUGUCCCCAUAUAAUGUGGGUGCCACCACCAAUGCCAUCAGUGCCACCACCAUGGAGGAGGAUAUGGGGACACGGAUGGCUGACGUUGAGCGGGAGAGCCUGCUGGGCACUGUGCACGGCGUCUCGGGGCCUGUGGUGACAGCCACACGCAUGGCAGGGGCGGCCAUGUAUGAACUGGUGCGUGUGGGGCACGCAGAGCUGGUGGGGGAGAUCAUCCGCCUGGAGGGGGACAUGGCCACACUGCAGGUGUACGAAGAGACCUCGGGGGUGCGGGUGGGGGACCCGGUGCUGCGCACGGGUCAGCCGCUCUCAGUGGAACUUGGUCCCGGUAUCUUGGGCUCCAUCUUCGACGGCAUCCAGCGCCCACUGCGGGACAUUGCACAGCUGACAGGUGGCAUCUACAUCCCGCGGGGUGUCAACGUCCCCGCGCUGCCGAGGCACCUCACCUGGGACUUUGUCCCCAGCAAGAGCAUCCAGGUUGGCAGCCACGUCACCGGUGGAGACAUCUAUGGGACAGUGACAGAGAACUCACUCAUCCAACACAAGAUCAUGGUGCCACCCCACAGCUGCGGCACUGUCACCCACAUCGCACCACCGGGACACUACAGCGUCUCAGAUGUGGUGCUGGAGCUGGACUUUGAAGGAGUGGUGGAGCAGCUGACCAUGAUGCAGGUGUGGCCGGUGCGGCAGACUCGGCCCGUGGUGGAGAAGCUGACUGCAAAUCACCCACUGCUGACGGGACAGCGCGUGCUGGAUGCGCUUUUCCCGUGCGUGCAGGGUGGCACCACAGCCAUCCCUGGUGCUUUUGGCUGCGGCAAAACUGUCAUCUCACAGUCCCUGUCCAAGUACUCCAACAGCGACAUCAUCGUCUACGUGGGCUGCGGGGAGCGUGGCAAUGAGAUGUCCGAGGUGCUGCGGGACUUCCCUGAGCUCACCAUGGAGGUGGAUGGGAGGACAGAGAGCAUCAUGAAGCGCACCACGCUGGUGGCCAACACCUCCAACAUGCCAGUGGCCGCCCGCGAGGCCUCUAUCUACACCGGCAUCACGCUGUCUGAGUAUUUCCGCGACAUGGGGCUCCAUGUCAGCAUGAUGGCUGACUCCACCUCUCGCUGGGCUGAGGCGUUGCGAGAGAUUUCGGGGCGCUUGGCUGAGAUGCCGGCGGACAGUGGGUACCCCGCGUACCUGGGCGCCCGCCUGGCAUCCUUCUACGAGCGUGCAGGCCGGGCCCGCUGCCUGGGGUCCCCCCUCCGUGAGGGCAGCGUCAGCAUCGUUGGAGCGGUGUCACCGCCUGGAGGGGACUUCUCAGACCCUGUCACCUCAGCCACGCUGGGCAUCGUGCAGGUAUUUUGGGGUCUGGACAAGAAGCUGGCACAGCGCAAGCACUUUCCGUCGGUGAAUUGGCUGAUCAGUUACAGCAAGUACUUGCGGGCGCUGGAACCCCACUAUGAGCGGCUGCACCCUGACUUCCCCGCACUGCGCACCCGUGCCAGGGAGAUCCUGCAGGAGGAAGAGGACCUGGCCGAGAUCGUGCAGCUCGUGGGGAAGGCGUCUCUCGCUGAGGCUGACAAGGUGACGCUGGAGGUGGCCAAACUCCUCAAGGAUGACUUCCUACAGCAGAAUGGCUACUCCUCCUAUGACAGGUUCUGCCCCUUCUACAAGACAGUGGGGAUGCUGCACAACAUCGUCACCUUCUAUGAGCUCGCCCGACAUGCCGUGGAGACCACUGGGGCUGGCGAGCGUCGUAUCACUUGGGCAACCAUCCGUGAGAACCUUGGGGACAUCCUAUACCGGCUGAGUGCCAUGAAGUUCAUGGACCCGGUGAAGGAUGGCGAAGCCAACAUCACGGCCGCCUUUGCGCAGCUCAACGAGGAGAUGCAGGCAGCCUUCCGCAACCUGGAGGACUGAGGGUCCCCCAUGAACCCCUCGCUCCAAUAACCCCCUCACCCCAAUAAACCCCCACCCCAACAAAGCUCCUCCCACCCCAUAAUCCCCCCCACCCCAAUAAACCUUCUGCCACCGCAUAACGCCCUCCAAACACACUUCUCUCCCCCCCUCCCCACCAAAUCCUCCAGGUGUGAUAUUCAAUGAGCGGACAGCAGCAACUGCCCCCCCCCCGCCCCUUCUCUCCGGGGGGGUUUGGGGACAGGGAGGGGAUAGCGUGGGGGUUAAGUUCUGAGUGAUGCGGGUUUGUCUGGGGCCGUGGGGACCAAAUAAAGGGCUGAGAGCCGUCAUGUCACCACCCGCAAGAGUUGGGGGGACAGCAUCCGCAGUGGGAAUGUCCCCACAGCACUGUCUGUCCUCCUGUUGGGGUCAGUCCCCAAAUCAGGGAACGUCCCCAUGUCAGGGAGCAUCUGGGUUUGUCCUCAAGUCAGGGAAUGUUGGACCCUGUCCCCAUGACUGGGUUUGUCCCCAUGUCACUGUUUGUCCCCACAUUGCAGUUUAUCUCCAGCUCAGGGAAUGUCCCCCAGGGUUGGGUUUCAUACCUAUGUCGGGGUCUGUCCCCAGGGUCCCAUUUGUCUUCAUGUCACGGUCUGUCCCCACGUUGGUAAGCAAUUCUUUUUUUGUUUACCUGAUUGUGACCUGUUCCUUUCAUGAGUAAUUUAAACUGGUUUAAAGCAGCUAUGUCUGCUAUUGCCUUUCUCUACAACAUUCUUUGCCAAAAUGCACAAGUACAAGCACGAUCAUUUUUUAUAGAUA